ACAGAAGAGCGAGCGUUGACCCGACGAUGCAUGAAGAAGAGUGCAGUGAACUUUCCUGUCUGGACGGCCUGCUCCGAACCGAACCUGGCACACGACUGCGCUGGAAGAAAAAAAGAGAAGAGAGCAACGCGGGAGAAAAUCUGUGAAAUGUUCGGUUCAGAUUUUCUUCUUUCGACGGAGAGUUAAAGAAAUUGAAGAAAGACAUUUUACAGCCCUUCCCUCCCCAACUUCCUGCCCCUCUCUGAAACCCCCCUCCAGCCAUGACUGAGGUCACUGUCGUCAGAGAGGGCUGGCUCCACAAGAGAGGUGAAUAUAUUAAAACAUGGAGGCCACGGUAUUUUAUCUUGAAGAGCGACGGUUCCUUUAUUGGUUACAAAGAGAAGCCGGAUCUUGGGGACUCGACUUCCCCCCCGCUCAACAACUUUUCAGUGGCAGAGUGUCAAUUAAUGAAGACUGAAAGACCCCGACCCAACACCUUUGUUAUCCGUUGCUUACAAUGGACCACCGUCAUUGAACGAACCUUUCAUGUGGAAACCAACGAGGAGAGGGAGGAGUGGAUGCGGGCCAUUCAGUCCGUGACAAAUGGCCUAAAGAUGCAGGAGCAGGAGGAGGAGGAGCCUAUGGACGUGUUCAGCUCCCCCUGUGAAAGCAGCCUGGAGGAGAUGGAAGUGAUGAUGUCCAAGAGCCGCAACAAAGUGACAAUGAAUGACUUUGAGUACCUGAAGCUUCUUGGCAAAGGCACGUUUGGAAAGGUGAUUCUGGUCAAAGAGAAGUCCACUGGAGUUCAUUAUGCCAUGAAAAUAUUACGUAAAAUGGUUAUAAUAGCUAAGGAUGAGGUGGCCCACACGGUUACAGAGAGCAGAGUGCUACAGAACACCAGACACCCUUUUCUCACGACACUGAAAUAUGCCUUCCAAACCAACGACCGACUCUGUUUUGUAAUGGAAUAUGCCAACGGAGGCGAGCUUUUCUUCCAUCUAUCGAGGGAUCGAGUCUUCACAGAGGACCGCGCACGCUUCUAUGGUGCAGAGAUCGUGUCGGCGCUCGAGUACCUCCAUUCACGAGAUGUUGUCUAUCGCGAUCUUAAGCUUGAAAAUCUGAUGUUGGACAAAGAUGGACACAUGAAAAUCACAGACUUCGGUCUUUGUAAAGAAGGUAUUACUCCCGAUGCCACCAUGAAAACCUUCUGUGGGACUCCAGAGUAUCUCGCACCUGAGGUCCUGGAAGACAAUGACUAUGGGCGCGCUGUGGACUGGUGGGGUCUCGGUGUGGUCAUGUAUGAGAUGAUGUGCGGCCGCCUGCCGUUUUAUAACCAGGACCACGAGCGUUUGUUUGAGCUCAUUCUCAUGGAGGAGAUCCGCUUCCCCAGAAACCUUUCCCCUGAGGCCAAAUCCCUGCUGGCUGGUCUGCUCAAGAAAGACCCCAAACAGAGAUUAGGUGGAGGUCCCAAUGAUGCCAAAGAAGUUAUGAACCAUCGAUUUUUUAUUAACAUCGUCUGGCAAGAUGUGGUCCAAAAGAAGUUGAUCCCACCCUUCAAACCACAGGUCACAUCUGAGACGGACACGAGAUACUUUGACGAGGAGUUCACCGCUCAGACCAUCACUCUCACUCCUCCAGACAAAUAUCACCCUCUAGACUGCAACGAUCCCAUCCAGGAAGCACAUUUCCCCCAAUUCUCCUAUUCUGCCAGCAUACGAGAGUGAACCGCCCCUGUUCUCGCCAAACACUCAUGCGACAUGCAGACCAUAGCCACAUUUUUGCACAGCCAUAAAACAAUCGGUGUCUCUGGUGAUUUGAGGUUUGGGGUUCAGGGACGAUGUGCCUUUUACCCACAUUUUUCCAUAACGCAUCCAUACGGACUCACUUCCGGUCAGGCAAAACGCUGUUUGUGAUCCAAUCAGGUGGUCCGUAAGUACCUGCUGCUGCAUAUCCCAGGUUUUAUAUGCUGCGAGAAGCUGAUGCCUCUAUCAUGGGAUCUGCAUGUGGAUCAUGUGUAGAGCGGGCUGCCAGCUGAGAACCAUGAUGGAGGAGGCAGCCUCUGACAUUUUUUCUGUGUGUUUAAGAAUUUUUUUUUUUUGUAAACGGGCAUCAGACUGAAUGUUGCAGUUUCAGAGCGCAUCAGGAAUAACAAAGUAUUGAUGUUUUUCUAAGGAAUACUGUAAUCUGACACUGCUCUCACAAGCUGCAUGAAUGAAAACGACAAUCUUCAAACUGCGGUCUGUGGGGAGACGCUCAUUCACAGCAAGGACUUUCUGAAUGUAGUUCACACUACACUUGUUUUUAUUUUUAUAUCCCAAAUUUCAAGCAACACAUGUAAGAUAUUAAA